AUGGAAUAUCACCUUGAACCAAACGAGGGAAAACAAGUUGUUACUGGUGGGACGGUAUCACUGGCCGUUAGGUCCAGAAUGAAUUGUUUUGUCGCUUGUCUGAAGAGCUCCAUAUGUAUGUCGUCCGGAUAUAACAAGUACACAAAAGAAUGUGAAUUAUACGAUGAAGUCUCAAGUGAGAUUUCAGCACAAGGAUGGACUGUCACAACUACAGUUAAAUAUGGAGAAUCAGAGUCGUUGCCGGGAUUAACUUGUUCGGAUAUUCAACAACGCCGUUCAUCGGAGAUGCUACCAUCGGGGGUAUAUUGGGUGACACUCGGUGAACCCGGGGCAUUCCAAGUCUAUUGUGACAUGGACACAGAUGGUGGUGGUUGGACACUUGUUUGGACGUACAAGUUUACUAAUUAUGCGUCUUUUGCAACAAGCAGUAACGCAGUUACUCCACGACCAUCGUGGGAUGUCAGUCCUUUCACAGCAUCGAGCUCUCCGAUCUCUACCACCCCGCCUCUUACUGAGCAGGAUUUAGGAGCUCUCGAAUUCGCAAAAUGGAAACAAAUCGGGAGUGAAUUUAUGGUUAAGUCAAACAUCAACCAAUGGAUCGCAUGUACGCCAAAUAUUGGAAGUCUCGUCGAUUGGGCAACGGGGUCACUGACUUGCCGCAUGGUGAAGGUCAUCGCAUCAGGCCAUUGCACGACAGCUGUACCAACCAGAUUAUCUUUCUGGAAUUUUGGCCCCUCUCUCGAUAAGACGUCGGCUUUUUACUACUUUGAUACGUAUAAUCUCAACAACUACCCAACCCAUGAUCCCUGUGGGACUAACUCUGGAAAUAAAUAUCUAACUGGAAUACCCAACCCCCGAGGCAAUAUAUUCAUUCGAUAA